UGUCUCCACAAAAUAACUCGUGUUGUCUUCCGGCUCAUUUCUAGCGCGUGGGUAGUCGACAACGUGAAGCUUUAUCAAGAACGCAGAAAACUACACAACAAUGGCACAGUCCGACGGUAUAAUAAAACCCAAGACCAAGCGCUCCAAGCGCUUCCUGGAGAGUAGAGCACCCAAACUGGCAGAGAAGGAAAAGAGUGCCAUGAUUAUGAAAGGGGGGAAUGCCAAUCAAAAUAUUAGCCAGGCCCUAAAGGAUAUCUAUUCCCUUAAAAAGCCCAAUGCUGUUCUGUACAAAAAGAAGAACAUCACAAAGCCGUUUGAGGACUCAACGUCACUGGAAUUUUUCUCCAAAAAGUCAGAUUGCUCUCUGUUUCUGUUUGGUUCCCACAACAAGAAACGACCCAACAACCUCGUAUUUGGCCGUUUAUUUGACUUCCACGUGUUGGACAUGAUUGAACUGGGAAUCGAGAAGUAUGUCUCCCUGAGUGAGAUUAAGUUGAGUAAAUGUCCCGAGGGGACCAAACCAAUGCUUGUGUUUGCUGGCGAGGCUUUUGAUAUGAACAACGAGUACAAACGUCUUAGGAGUCUGCUCAUUGACUUCUUCAGGGGUCCUUCAGUGUCCGCAGUGCGAUUGGCAGGCUUAGAACACAUUCUGCACUUCACUGCUGUGGAUGACAAAAUAUUUAUGCGUAGUUACAGGUCUUUGUUGAAAAAGUCGGGAUGCAAGACACCACGCAUUGAGCUGGAGGAGAUCGGCCCGUCGUUUGACUUUGUUUUAAGAAGAACACACCUUGCUUCUGAUGACUUGUACAAGUUAUCACACAAGCAGCCCAAGGCUCUAAAGCCCAAGAAGAAGAAGAACAUUUCCCACGAUGUUUUUGGCACCAAAUUUGGCCGGGUGCACAUGCAGAAGCAGGAUCUUUCCAAGCUUCAGACGAGGAAGAUGAAAGGUCUGCGGAAAAGGAAGGGGGAGGUGGUUGGUGGUGGGGAAGAGGAUGAAGUGUCUCCCAAAGUGGCAAAAGUGCAAAGUUGAGAUCUGAGACGGACAACUGGGUCAUCACUCAAGUCAUCACAUUUGCAGAACUGUACAGUCUUCUUCAUCUUGGUCCUCAUCAUCUUUUACUGGCUCCACUACCAGGAAUCCACCUGAUUUCAAGCCUAAGCGAUUGUCUUGUGACAGUUCUGGAGAGCGUUCAAUCAACUUGGAACUUUUUUUUUUGUUCGAUUAUGAAACUACAUGACUUGUACAAAAUAAAGUAGUACACCACAAACAAUU